UUUCAGACAAUAUGGCGGUACGCAGAGAAGCCAGGUAUAACCUCAAUCCCGAGAAGUCCUCGAAGAGAAGCAACAAGAGUUGUAUAGAAAAUUGCUGGGAAUUAUGGCGACUACUCCUUUUGUUGCUGACAGAUCCGAGGAAACUGUCGUCGAUAACGACGCUCUUCAUCCUCGCCGAAAUAGUCGUGAACAUAUUGAUCAUCGAGAAGGUGUCGUACACCGAGAUCGACUGGAGGGCCUACAUGCAGGAGGUGGCAGGCUUCCUGAACGGCACCAUGGAUUACUCGAAACUGCGAGGUGAUACCGGACCGUUGGUUUAUCCUGCCGGGUUCGUCUACAUCUUCUCCGGCUUCUAUUACGUAACUUCUCAUGGUGUCCAUAUAAAGACAGCACAGUACAUCUACGUGGCCAUAUAUGCGCUCACGUUGACGUUGGUGUUUAAAAUUUACGCCAGGACUAAAAAAGUGCCGCCUUACGUAUUGAUUCUGAUGUGCUGCACUUCUUACAGAAUACACUCGAUAUUUGUUUUGAGACUCUUUAACGAUCCGAUAGCGAUGCUGCUGCUGUACGCGAGUGUCAACGCGUUCCUGGACAAUCGCUGGUACCUGGGUAGUGUACUGUACAGUCUCGCUGUAUCUGUCAAGAUGAAUAUACUGCUAUUUGCUCCAGCGCUUCUUGUCGCUUAUCUGUGCAUCCUAGGAUUGUCCAAAACGCUGAUUCAAUUAAGCAUCUGCGCAUUUAUACAGUUGAUUUUUGGUCUUCCGUUCCUACUGGAGAAUCCAAUCGCGUACAUAAAGGGUGCUUUCAAUUUGGGUAGGAUCUUUGAAUUUAAGUGGACUGUAAACUGGAGAUUUUUAUCAGAGGAGGUAUUUGUUCAUCCAUACUUUCAUCACUCUUUAUUAUUUCUGCAUGUGUUAAUGUUGCUCUACUGUCUGCGCAUUUGGAUUGUUUACAUGGAAUCAUACACAAAAUUAAAAGAUGUGGAGAAAAGCUUGAAGUCCCAGGUUCCUAAAAAAGAGAAGCUAGACAUGUCCAUCGUAAGCCAACUGUUUGUCUAUCCCCUCUUCCUUGCAAAUUUCAUCGGCAUCAUGUUUAGCAGAUCACUACAUUAUCAAUUCUACGUAUGGUACUAUCAUACAUUACCAUAUAUUGCAUGGUGUACUGAGUAUAAGACUGUUUUUAAAUUGACUAUCUUAGGUAUGAUCGAGUUGUGUUGGAACACAUAUCCAAGUACAGUGUUCAGUAGCGCAGCAUUGCACAUAUGCCAUAUAAUUUUGCUAUAUGGUGCUCUUAAAACUAAAUCAGAUAGUACGGUAGAAAAGUAGUAAAUACAUAUAUGUAUCUGAUAUUGUGUUUUUAUCUGAAUUGUCUUCCUACAUCGUUUGUAUAUAUAUCUUUAUAUAUAAUAUCUUAUAUAUAAAGAUAAUAAUAAUGCAUCUUUAUACAUAUAUAAUAUAAUGAAAAUGUCACGAUAUUUCCCACCACAGUUUUUAAUCUUAUCACACGUUCAUAGUUUGAUAUAUGUGUGCGUGUUUGUGGAAUGAAAUAUAUUGUCUCAUGUUUGAGAGAGUUGUAAGAUAGCUUAUAUCUAUUAAGCGUGCGCGAUUACAUGUGUUAUAUAAUAUAUAUCUUUUGUACGAUUUAUGAAUAAAUUUUAAGACAAUGGGUUGAU